UAAAUUUCAUUGUCUAAUUUUUCCAUGAAGCUGAUGAAAGUUGGUGUGAAUAAAACACAGUAAAGCAAAAUUUAGAAAAUAGUUUUAUUAUUGGAAAGGGAGAAAUGACAACAAAGACUUUGGCAGAUGACAAGGAUUUGACUUAAGUGACUUCGAAGUUAACGCUUUGUGUCUGUGUGUCUGUUUUUUAAUGAAAAAUGUGAAAAUUUGGCAAAGUUUUUAAACUUUUCUUCCGUUUUAUCUCUCUUCACUUGACUGUCACAAAAAAUAUCUAAAGUAGUUUAGCAUUCACAAAAUCGAUGAUUCUUUUUUUCGAAAACUUGUCUGUGUUUUUGUUAUGAGCUGACUUACAUGAAUUUUGAAAAAGAAAAAGUGUGAGGAAUUAUAGAUGAGGUGGUAAGCGGGCCAAAUCCUGUUUAACAGUGUCAUCUGUGAGAGAAGGGGAGGCAGAGCGUGUAAUUGAGGGAGUCGUUAACGACUACACGACAGUAAUUUGGAAGAAAGAUUUGACAAAUCAGCUGCCUUCAAAGCUCUUGGCUUAACAUCUGGCCAUCUUUCGACGACUUGGCCGAUCAUGUCCAGCAGAGUUCGUCAACUUAUUAGUAGUGUUUUUGGUACUUCUUCAAUCAAAUCAGAUAAUUUUCAACGCGUAAAUGGUUCCCGGCGCCUAACAGAAGCUGAAGUAAAUGAUGGUUCUUCGACAUCCUCACAACUUUUUUCCGGAACAUCGGAUACAUCGGCAGAAUCUACUGCUUACCCUUACACACGACCUACAUUUCUCUUUAUGGACUCUGAACAGGUAAAACAGUCAAGAGAUCAAACCAAAAGACCAGCAGUUAUCCCUAAUGACAUCAAUAAGAUUCCUAUUAAGGCUGGCUAUGCUGAAGUAAUAAAUGCUGGUAAAUCACUCAACAAUGAAGAUCAGGCUGUGGCAGUUCGCUGUGUCAUUUCUCGACAUAUUAACAUGGUUCCGACCAACCCUUCGUGCAAUUCUAUAGAGAGAAAUGGAGCCAAUAAUUCUGAGAAAAAUAGCACUGCUGCAGAAGAGUCAAAGAACAAAUUAGAAUUUACCUACUUUGGAAUAUUUGAUGGACAUGGUGGAUAUGGAACUGCUGUCAUGGCAUCCCAAAAUCUCCAUAUAUAUCUCAUGAAACAUUUAACUAAGUUACUUGAUUUAGGCAUGCUGUCAAAGAAAGUCCACUCUUCGUAUCAUAACAUCACAAUUAAUGAUCUUAUAAUUGGUGCCCUUGAGACUACCUUCUUUGAAAUGGAUGACUUAAUAUACCAAGAAAGACAUUUGUGUCCUAAUGCUGGUGGCUGCACUGCACUGGUGUCUGUGUUAUUAGAUGAUAAGCUUUAUGUAGCCCAAGCAGGAGAUAGCAGGGCAGUUAUAAUUAGAAAGAAUGACAUUGUGUGUAUGUCACAGGAGUUUACUCCAGAUACUGAGAGACAAAGGAUUCAGCAACUGGCUUUAGAUAACCCCAGUUUACUUCAAAAAGAAUUCUCACCAUCACAGUUUUCUAGAAAUAUAUGGAAAAAGGAUCUAGGAAAACAAGUAUUACGCCGAACAGGUUAUAUGAAAGGAUGGAGCCCUAAGGUUAUUACAUGUGAUGAUAUUAAACCACCAUUAAUAUGUGGAGAUGGAAAACAGGCUUGUUUAAUGGGAACAAUACGAGUAAGCCGGGGAUUUGGUGAUCAUGAUCUUUAUGUAAUGUCUUCAAAUAUACAUCUGAAGCCUUUUCUAUCUUGUGUGCCUGAGGUGCGAGUAUAUGAUUUAAAUGAUUCUGAAAUGUCUGAUAAUGACAUUCUUUUAAUGGGCUCAGAUGGAUUUUGGGAUUUUGUAUCUAAUGAAGAAGCAGCUGAAUAUGUACGUAAAAGGAUGUUUGAGCUAGAACAGACAGAUGACAAAUUGGUGACAAUUUCUAAAGAACUAGUUUUGAAAGCUCGUGGCGAAAGCAGUUCAGAUUAUGCCUGGAAACGUAAUUCUAAGCAACUAGGGUCCUAUGAUGACAUUACAGUCUUUGUUAUUCCCCUUGGACAAUAUAUGCAAGAACGAAGCGCUAACGUGACGCCUCAGACUGAUGAAGUUACAGCUUUGUGAGAACCUACAGACUCCAUAAUUUCUUGAAACAUCAAAUGAAUCGAUAACUAUUUGUAGAAAGUAAUUUUCUUUUUGUUGUUGUUUUGCAUUAAUUUUUUUUUUCCAUGUUAGCCCACGAGAUGUUUUAGUGACACAACGAUUUUUACUGCCUCUCAUCCACUAGUCAGUCAAAAGGUAAAAGUUAAAACUUGUGUCUCUGAAGCAAACUGAAGAAAAAUUAUUUACUUUCCUCACAAAUCACACUACAGUUUUAAUAUGUGAUUAUAUAGAUAGGAAUGUAGGAUCUUAACUUCAUGACCUUCAGUUUAAAGCAAAGUUGUAACUGAAUUAAAAGAGACAACAAAAUAAUGAUUUUUGUUUUUCACUAGAAAAAUAUUUCUUGCUGGUAAUGUUCUGCUUGGUUAAUGAUGAGACCAAAAUCUGAUGUACAACAGAACUUUGCUUCCAUGUUACCUGAUCCCAACUUCAACCAACAACCAAAAGCUGAUUAUAGUUAGUAAUGGUAACCAACAUCUUUGUUUAGUUACUCAUUCAGAAUGAUGUUUAACUUUUUUUCUUAAUAUAGUGUUGUUGUAACAUAUGUCUAUAGAUGGUGAAAGAAAAAGAGAAGAAAUCCUUUGCAUAAUUUUCACACAUUUUACAUCAAUUAUUUCUUCCAAAAGGAAAACAAUAUGUAAAACCAACUUUGCUAAGCUGUUACAAGAAGGGGAAAGAAAGAAAAUCAAGUGAAUGAUUAUAAUGACACUAUGAAAACUAAAACAGUUAAUAUUAAAAAAUGAUAGAAUUAAACUAGAGAUUACAGAUACUUAAAAAUUCAGGUUUGAUGACAUAUAUAACCAUAACCCUUUCUGUGAAAAAUCCCAAAUGUAUACCACUUCAUAGUUCAACAAAAAUUUGUAAACCGGUUGAGUGUUUAAAUUUGUAAAUUCUAUUUUUUAUUAAGUUGUAUUUAUAAUUCUUUUGAUUAAUUGCAUUCAUUACUUUGACAAUGCAACAUAAGAAGCAAAAUCUAUAUCUUACUAAGUCAAAAGUUUACUUCUACAGGUUUCCAAGUAUCAAAUGGAAAAUAGAUUAUCAUACAGAAGAGUGAAAAAAAAAUUAAUUUGAUAAAGAAUUUUUAUUUCAUGGCAGGAAUCUUUUAAUAUAUUAUAAACAAAAGACUCUUUACCUCAAAUCCAAGGAAAACUGCAAUUUUAUGUUUUGAAAUAGUUAAAGUAGAAUUUAAGAGUUUAAGGCAUAAAUCUAACUUUCAGUGGAAAACUUUUUUCAAUGCAGUGGCUAAAUUGUAAAUUCUAUAUAUCAGUAUUGAAUAAUCAAGCUCUGAAUUUUUUUUUUCAGUGCAGCAAUGGCUCUACAUUAGAUGCAUUUUUUUUUUUGUAAAAUUCAGAAGCAAAAUGUAUUUAUUAUGAUAUAUAUAAUAAAACAAACAUUUAGUUUUAAAAUGUAAUAAACCCUAGACCAAGUUUUUAAUCAGCUGAAUAUUCUAAGUUCUUUGUUGUACAAAUUCAGUGCAAGAAAAGAAAGAGUUGUUUUUAAUUAAAAAAAAAUAUAUAUAUAUCUUAGGAUUUUUGCUGCUGAUAAUGUAAAUUACACAAAAUAAAGUUGAUGUCUAGGACCAAUGAAUACAUAAAUAUAAAAAAAUAUCAAUAGAUUCAACAACAACAAUAUACAAUACAAACUAUAACCUUAUUCCUAGAAUUUGUCUGUUUUAUGAUAAAGAAAAUUCAAAGGUGUUAUCCUGUAAUCAAUUUAAAAGAGGACCUUUAACCCUUUUGUUACCAAAUUUCUGUUGAAAUACACUACCUUCAUUUACAUUAAUUUUGAAAACAAUGAAGGAUUUAGUAAAAUAACUUUGUUGUUAUUAAGCUGAUGUUUGAAACAAAUUCAUAUCAAAUUUUGAUGGAAGGUUUCAUUUUGGAUUAUGUUUUAAACAGAAUUUAUAUCAUUGAACAAGGACCUGUAUUAGGUGGAUUGGUAUCAAAAGGGUUAAAGUUUACUGACAACUGUUCAGGCAGAUGGGUAACUUUUUUAAGAGACAUUUUUCAAACGAUAAAAAUUAGCUGUAAUUCCAUUACAUACACUGUACUUCUUUGAUAGAAAAUAAUAAGUUAUGCACUAUAGUUUAUAGUGCAUGAAAGAGAAGAAAGUUUAAUUUUCCAGUGUAGGAUUUUUUCAUUUUACCAGUUCUUAAACGUUGAAUGAAACAAACCUUUGAUCUGUCACUAAAUGAAAAUGUUUCAUGAGGAAAUAUUUUCAUUCUCAUAGUGUCUGUAACUUCAUAAACCUCUUUUUUGAUAAUAUGGUAAGAGUUUUUUUAAUUACUUUGUAAAAAGUGCCACAGAUCCACUGUUUUGUGAUAAUGUUGCAGCUAUAAUUUCAUCAGUAGCAUUUAAUUGCAAAGAACAAAUCAUCAUCAAAUAUCAAUAGCAGUCAUAGCUGAUCUUUUAAUAUCAUUUUUAAUAGAGUUGAUACAUUUUGCAACCAGAAGGGAAUUUACAUUUAAUAUCUCCCUCAUAUUUGAAGAGUAAGAAGAGAUCUAUUUAACAUCGUGUGCAAAGAACCCAACCAUCCACUGUAAUUCUUUACUAUUUUGAUAAUUCUCGGAUAGGUUGAAAACAUUCUGAAUUAGGAAAUAUUCUCAAUGUGAAAUUGAAUAGCUUAAUAAGGAAACAGAUAUUAGAUUAUAUUUGACUGCUUCAAAGAUAUUCAAAUGGUUACUAUUGUGACCUGACUUCGUUUCACAUGAAACUAGUUAACCAGAUGUAUAUAGAUACCUUUGAGAUUAUUCUCAAUAAUAAAUUCAUCAACAAUUCUUUGAAACUAAGACAUUUGUAAUGCCUAUAGAAACGUACAUAAAACAAACAGAGCUGCACCUAGUUGGAAAGCUGAAUAUGGUCUUUCUACAGGUAUUAUGCCAGCUUGAUGAUAAAUGCUACUUAGGCCAAUUUUGUUAUAAUAUUUAUGUUUGGCUUUAACGUGGUGAGCUGGCAGAAUCAUUAGCAAGCCGGGUAAAAUGGUUAGUGGCAUUUUGUCCGUCUUUAUGUUCUGAGGUUGGCUUUACCUUUUACCCUUUCGAAGUCAAUAAAAUAAGUACCAGCUGAGUACUGGGGUCGAUGUAAUCAACUUACCCUUUCCCUAAGCUUGCUGGCCUUGUACCAAAAUUUGAAACUUAUAUUUGUUUGGCUAUGUUAUUUGGCUAUCUUAUAUAUAUGUUGAAUUAAGCCAAGCUCUGUAAAAUGGUUCAUUAUUUGAGCAAAAUCUCCAUGCCAUUUUUCAUUAAAAUUGCCAAUAACAAUGAAAAUCUGCCCCUCUGAUGAAUUAUUUGGUUCUGUGAUAUAUGUUCUAAAACAAACAUUUGAAAUCUCUUUAUAAAUUCUUUAUCUUCUUUCUCACUCUAUCAGCAAGGUUUGUUUGCAUUAGAUUUGCAGUUUGAGAUGAGAUUUUGAAAAGUUUAACAGGUUUUCUGAUCACUUGUGGUUGAGCAAAACCACAAAAAAAAAAAAAUUAUCCUUGAUAAACAACUCUAAUUUCCAAAAAUCACACUCGCACAAAGUUCUAUAUUUUUAUAUAAUUUAUCUUUCACAGAAACUUUAGUGAUACAAAAUUCAUUAAUUCAUGCUAUUAGCUCAUAAACGACUGUGAAAACAGUAGUUGUUUUGAAAUAUAUUUCCAGAUUGAAUUAAUUCACUAAUUUUUGACACCUGAAAUUUACUGAUGAGAAUUUUGGUUAUCUUGUUAUUAAUUUCUGCCAUUAUUACAAGAGGUAUAAGGGAAUAAUUAUUAGAGAUUACAAUCACCAAAGAAAUAGAUUUAUAUUGAAUAACUGAAGAAGAUACUUAGAUUGUGGGCAGAAUUGGUAUAGCCACCAGACUGGCAGACAAUAGCUCAGUGACCUAUACAUCAACUGUUUUGACAAGCAGCAGUUUUAGCUGGGCAUAGAGAUGGGUAUUUGAGUUGCCACAGAAAAAAACUUGUUUUCUAAUUUUAAGGGUUUACUGUGAUAGAUUGUUCAAAUUUACCAUCUAAAUUUUCCUCAUUAACAUCAGAUAGUCCCACAGAAGCAAUGGGUAUUUGAUAUGAUUCCACAUUAAAUGUCCUUUCUCCAAAGAUCUAACCUGUUGGAUAACACUAUCCAAUGCUAGAGUUUUAUUUUCUAGUAGUCUGGCCCUGAUAAUAUUUGAUAAUUUUUUGUAUAUAAAAGAAUAUCUUACACAAAUGAUUUAUUUUCUUUGGCCAUUAUACCAUUAAAAUUACAAUCAAGGUCUAAUGCAAGAUCUAAUAUUUCCAUCAGCCUUUUGCAAAUGUUACACAGAGAGCAUCUGGUAUAUAUUCCAUUGAGUGGUUUCAUGUAAGCUUCAGGUUAUUUCAGAGCAUUAUCAAAAGUUUAGAAUGUCAGAUUUGUCUGAUCUAACUAUCUUGUCUAUUUUGAAGUAGUAAUUGGAAACUUUUACAUUGAUUAAACUCUUGUGAUAAAGAAAGUUAUAGUUUUUACCCUUCAAUCAGUUCAAAAAGGAAUAUAUCAUCAAUUACUAUUUUAACAGAUGAAAGGAAUAUAACUGUUUUAUAGUUAUGAAGCUCUUAUCAUAACAGUUCCAUUAUGCAUUUUAUUUAACUGAAUAUAGCAUAUUUUCCAAAACAAUAUACAUCAGAGUGCCUGCAAGUAGUAUAUAUCUAUGUGUCUUUCUGUCUGUAUGUGUGUAUUUAGACAAUUGUAUACAUAAAUCAUGUAUGACUAAUGGUUACUGGUAUGGAUCAUGCUACCAUUUUUUGAUACUUGGAUUCAUUCUGUAAAUGUCUUCAUUCCCCACUCUCCAGGCCAAUCAUAGAUUUUCAUAUUAAUUUUGAUAUAUCCUGUUUAUAUUCAUGAUAUGAACUGAUCUCUAAUUUAUUUUACCAAUACAUCUGUUAAUAUCCAGCAGUGCUAUUUUUAAUAAAAUAAAUUUAUCAUAAAAUAAGAUUAAAAAAAGAUGAAUACAUAAAUACUUCUUUUCAUUCCAAAAAAAAAAAAAAAGGUAAAACUGUUAUAACAAAUUAUAUUUUUGAACUUGAAGAGUUUCUUGAAUUCUUUUCUAAACACUGUCACCUACACCUAACUUGAUCAAAGGAAUUUCCAUUUUUGUACAGAAUUUUUCUGGCUUGGCAUAAAGGACAUAUAUAUAUAUAUUUUUUUUUUUUUUGAAGUGCAGAGAACAAUGGAAGGUAUAAAAUUCAUAUAAUGUAUAAAAUAUAAAUAAAUUGGUUGCCAAGCAAUAAAUACCUGUUUCAAUCACAAGUCAGUGGACUUGUGGUAUUUUCUGUCUUAGAUUGGUGCUUUUAAUGGCUAAUGUCAUUCUCAUUUAUAUAAUGUAUAUACAAACAUAUUUCUCUUUGAGAUUAAAUUUGUACAAACA